GCAGUCGCUUUCCACCGCUAAGACCUGCAGGAUCUGACCAGGGAGGGUGUAAAGCACAGGCCAAACUUCCAAAAGGCCAUACUGGAAGCUGCUAAUGCAACGUGAUCCUGUGGGACUUGCUCUAAAAAUAUCAGCCGUCAGGAAUACAUGGACUCACUGUGGUUGCUUAAUUGGCCAAAGAUUAAACAUAUUAUUUUCUUCUACGCUAAUUAGACUUGUUCAAGGAUGUGAGAACUAUAUUCCAAAAUUCUUGGUUGCAAACAUUCUGAAGGUAAUCCCUGUAUGUAUUGAUGACCUUCACUUGCCUCAGGGCUUUCUAGAAAGUGUUUCUUAUUUAUAUGGAGUUGGCGAUUUCGUAUGCCGCUUGAAGCUCUUUAAAUAUCUAAGGAGACAUUUUGAAUCUGAGUUGCAGUCAACAAGCUGCUAUCACUGAAGCCUUGGUUGGAGCUGUUUUUGCAUGAUUUCCAGUAAAGCCUGCACUUACUACACCAGAAUAGUUAAUUAUGAAAUGGACAGUUAAAACUGAAAUUGAGUCAGAAAGUGUAAUUUUACUAUAAAGUCAAACUGUUUAUGCAGCUGACCCUGUGCAGAAGUUUGUGCAUAAAGUCCAGCGUCUCUCUACUGAGUCAUGAGGAAGUCUGAGGUGCAGAUGACCCUAAAGAAGGGCGCAGAAGAUGGAUCUGGAGGGGUUGCACCUCCGAGCCCACGGAUACCGUCAAAACGGGCUAAAGUCAAUCCCGAUCAGCUGGUGCCUGACCCGAGUUCUGUUUACCCUACACCAACACCCCCUGUCUUCAUCCGGAAGAUGAGGAACGCCGCCGUAGGUACUGGCUGUGACAUCCGUCUGAAGGUAGCUGUGGCUGGGGACCCACAGCCCUCACUGUACUGGUACCACAACGAUGAGCUCCUCAGCAUGGAUAACCAGGAGUAUGGAGGCCUGUGGAUCCGAGACUGCAAACCCACUGAUGCAGGCCUCUACACCUGUAUUGCUACCAACUACCUAGGAGAGGCUAAGAGCAGCGCGGUCCUCGCAGUCUUGGAUCUGGGAGAAGACUCUGAAACAACAGAAGACGAAGCAGGCGAGCCUCAGAUGGAGACCAAAGAAAGAGGCAGAGGUGGUUCAGAAGAAACCUCACAGCGUGUGCCUGCAGGUGAGCGGAUGAUAGACAUGGCAGCAGACACGAGCGGUCACUGGGCAUCCAGCGAGAACACGGUGGUGGAGAAAGAGGCGCUGUCUCUGGGAUCGAGAGCACCAGGGCCGCAGCCCGCCAGGAGCCAGUCUGAAGAGGUUUUGAGAGAAUCUCCCCCACAUGUCCUUCCACCUCCCUCCCCCAAAAUUGUCCGUUCAUCCACCUCUCCCAUGCUUGGCCGGUCUGGCUCGGGCCCCCCCACACCCCUCACCCCACGCAAGAAAGCCGUCGUGCCAUCUGACUAUCAAGACACAGUACCUGGGGAGUUUGAGGAGAAGAUUAAGCAGCCCAAAUCCUCAGGCAUGUCCCAGAGCAGUGCGCAGGAUUCUCGACCCCAGACACCUGUCAGCGAGUACUCACGGAAAGACUUGACCCUACGUCCCUCACCUAAACUAACACGUGCUAGCUCCAAGAUCUUUGAAAGGGUACGAGUCUUUGAAGAGCGGAGACGGAGCAUCGACAACCCUGAGGGUUCCAUCUCUGGACGCUCUUGGGCCGGUUUUAAUAGAGCCCCUUCCAUAGACUCUGACGAGGGUGGAAGCCGGCUGGGGAUCUCAAGGGAGAGCUCCAAAGAAGAUCUCCAUGAAGCUUUGAAGGUAGAUGCAGCCCAGAGAAGGUCUAUGUUCAGGCAGAGGGCUGCCUCUCUGGAGGAUAAACCUCGGUACUCCCAGAAAGUUCAAGACAUUGAGAACAAAUUCACAGAGGAGCUCCAACGCAUUAAGAAACUUGUGGGAAAGCCACACAUGAAGAAGUCCUUUUCCACUGAGCAGCUUUCCACGUUUCACAGGAGCAGGCAGCCUGUGAGAAAACUGGAGCCCAUUCCACCUCAAGUUCUUCAGAAGCUUCAGGACAGGGAGCGUGCUCAGCAGGAGCAGGAGAGGAGAGAGAGAGAACAAGCCAAAGAGCCUUCCCCACCAAAAUCACCAAAGGUGCAAACGACACAGCAGCCACAGCAACAGGAAUCGACGUUACAAAAACACGUAGUACGAGAGUGGUCGCCAGUGACAACUAAAACAACCAGCCGAGUGGGAGAGCAACCAUCCCCUCCAGAGGCCAUGCCACCGUCUGAGUUACCUGGACAAAGGUCUCCAAGGCUUUUGCAUGGACUUAAUCAGCUUAGAGAGAGUCCUCAAAGAUUUCCAACUACGGAAAUCACUUCCCUAGCUGAGGAGCGCCCACGGUCCCCUUGCAGAACAAGGACAGAGUCUCCAUCCAGAAAUGCCCUGGAAAUGACAUUACGCAAAGUGGAACCACGGCCUGCAAGCCCGCUAGUAAAGAGGGGAGUCCAUGUCCAGGAAGUUACACCAGUCCACACAGAAGACGAGUCUGUGCAGAGAAAAACACCCAUAGAGAUCACACUGCGCAAGCUGGAAAGAAGGCCUGAAAGUCCUCUGGUACAAGGUGAGACAGUAGCAAUCCAGGAGCAUCCCAUCCAGGCACCUCUCAAACCUCUGAGGCUAUCGUUAUCUUCCUCUGAAGAAGAGAAGAUGGAGGUGGACUUGACUCCUCCAGCUCCAGCCCUAAAGCUCACCAUCCCUCAAAUUAUCGUUGAAGAGGAACCCAUGGAGACAGAAGCCUCCACAGCUCCUCAGGGUGAAAAAGCAAGCAAAGGUGCCAAAGAGGAAAAACCACAGAGAAUAAAAGGGAGAGGACGCAGACAAAGACCCAUGUCUCCAGAAUUAGAAUCUUCGGACGACUCCUAUGUGUCUGCAGGAGAGGACCCUCUAGAGGCCCCAGUGUUUGAGUUUCCGCUUCAGGACAUGGUGGCAUCCUCUGGAGCUGAAGUGCUGUUGAAGUGCAUCAUUGCUGGCAACCCUCUCCCUGAAGUGAUAUGGAUGAGGGACAAUGUGGAAAUAAAGAACAGUCCCACACAUGUGGUCAAAGUGGAGGGCGAGAGGCACUCUCUUCUCAUCAAAUGGACAAAGCCAAGCGACGCCGGGACGUACACUGUAACCGCCACUAAUGAAGUGGGCAAGGCGUGCUGCAGUGCCACCCUCUUCAUCAAGUCAGAGCCCAGCCAAGACCCACGGGGGAACCUGGGUGUUCCCAUGGACAUCAGCAGCCCCAUCACGUCUGAUGAGGAGUAUCUCAGCCCUCUGGAAGAAGGAAUGGACUUCGGGGGGACUGUGUACCGUGGCCCUGAACCACGGAAAAUCAUAGACACUCGAUUCAAGGAGCCACCUGCUUUUCAGGCUACUCUUGGAGAUCAGACUGUCAUUGAGGGACAAGAAGUGACUAUCUCUGUCCGAAUGAGUGGGCAGCCCAAACCGAUGCUCUAUUGGCUGAGGGACAGAGUGACCAUAAAAACAGGUCCUCGACAUAUUGUCCGCGAAACAGAAGAUGGUACCUGUGAGAUGAUAAUUAAAUCAGCCGUGAAGUCCGACGCUGGUGUGUACACCUGCAAGAUCAUCAAUGAGUAUGGCACCAAACAGUGUGAGGGCAGACUGGAUGUGAAAGCUGUUCCAGCGGAGCCUGGACUGGCCAUUGUGCGACCGGUCAGAGAUGUGAUGGUGAAGGCAGGAGAGACAGCUGUCUUUGAGUGUCAUGUGAUCGGGCCACAAGAUAUGGAUGUGGACUGGCUGUCAGACGGGAAGCUCAUUCAGCCAGCUCUGCUGAACUGUAAGAUGCACUUUGAUGGGAAGAGGUGCAGGUUGCUGCUCAACUCUGUGCAUGAGGAUGACAGUGGCACAUACACUUGCAAACUGAGUACAGCCAAAGAGGAGCUGACCUCCUGUGCCAAGCUGAAGGUUAUUGCAUCCGUUGGGCCUCUCUUUACACGAAAGCUAGAUGUGUUGGAGGUGAUUGAGGGUCGGAACGCUCGCUUCGACUGCAAGGUCAGCGGCACGCCACCACCCAGGGUCAUCUGGAGUCACUUCGACCAUCCUCUGGUAGAGAGCGAGGAUAUCCGUAUCCUGAAGGAAGGUGGUCGACACUCUCUUGUCAUCUCUCAUGUCAGCAGCGAGGAUGAAGGUUUGUACACAGUUGUGGCCCGAAACCCACACGGCGAGGCUGAAUGUUCAGCAGAACUGUACGUGCAGGAACCCCGGCCAGCAAUCUCAUCGCAGAUGGCCAAGUUAGAGAAGAUGCCCUCCAUUCCAGAGGAGCCAGAAGUUCCAGACAGUGAGGUGGAACGUUUCACUAUGCCCGACUUUGUUAAGCCACUGUACGACCUGGAUGUGAUUGAGGGCAAAGAGGCCAUUUUGAAAUGCAAGGUGGCUGGCCUUCCAUACCCCACCAUCGCCUGGUUCCACAACGGCAAGAAGAUCGAGAGCACAGAAGACAGGAAGAUGACACAGUUCAGAGACAUUCACAGUCUGGUUAUUCGCUCUGUAUGUCAUGCUCACGGUGGCGUCUACAAGAGCGUCAUUUCCAACAAGGUGGGCAAGGCCACCUGCUACGCCCAUCUUUAUGUAACAGACGUUCUUCCUGAUCCUCCAGAUGGAGCUCCAGUAAUUGAGUCCAUCACUGGCAAAACAAUCACCCUUAGUUGGAAGAAACCCAAACGGCUGGACCCCUCCAUUGACCCCAGCACCUUGAUGUACGCCGUUCAGCAGCAGGCUCUGGGCUCCAUCCAGUGGACCAUAAUUGCCUCCAGUCUAAAGCAGACCACCUACACUGUAACCUCACUGUCCAAGGGUGUCCGCUAUGCCUUCAGGGUCCUGUCCAUCACCAGCAAAGCCUUCAGCAAGCCAUCUCCCGCCACUGACCCAGUGCAGCUCGUAGACAGAGGUCCGUAUCUUCAGGAGGCCCCAGUCAUCAUCGACAAACCAGAUGUAGUAUACAUGGUGGAGAAUCAACCAGUCAGCAUCACAGUCACUCUCAACCACGUCAAUGCAGCGGUCACCUGGAAAAGGAGAGGAGUGACCCUGUCGAACAGAGCCGGUCUGUUUGAGAUGAGCAUGCCUGAUGAUGACCAGCACACACUGAAGUUGUGUAAGGUGAAAAGCAGUGAUGUCGGUCCACUCACUUUCACCGCCAGCAACCCGUAUGGGACAGACUCCUGUCUCCUCACCCUGGAGAUGGCAGCGGCCCCAACAUUUGAAUCCAUUAUGGAGGAUUUGGAUGUGAGUGUUGGUGAGACACCCCGUUUUGCUGUAGUUUGUGAAGGAAAGCCCAUUCCAGACAUCCUCUGGUACAAGAAUGAUGUCCUCCUGUCUGAAAGCAGCCAUUUUACCUUUGUGUAUGACGAUAAUGAGUGCUCUCUGGUAGUGCUGAACACUCAGCCGGAUGACUCCGGGGUAUACACGUGCACUGCUAAAAACCUGGCCGGCUCGGUUUCCUGCAAGGCUGAGCUCACCGUUCACACUACUAAACGGGAGAAGGAUGACCCGAUGGAGGAUGAGGAGACUAUUCUGAGGAGGAUGCGAAGGCUCACCGAUUACUAUGACGUGCACAAGGAGAUUGGGAGAGGAGCCUUCUCUUAUGUGAAGCGAGUGACACACAAGGUAGGAAAGAUGGAGUAUGCAGCCAAGUUCAUCUCAGCUCGUGCCAAGAGAAAAGCCUCGGCCCUGAGGGAGAUGAACAUCUUGUCUCACCUCGACCAUGAAAGGAUCAUCUACUUCCAUGACGCAUUCGAGAAGAAGAACGCCGUCAUCAUCAUCACUGAGAUAUGUCACGAGGAGCUUCUGGAAAGGCUAACAAAGAAAUCAACAGUAUUUGAGGCUGAGAUCCGCUCCAGUGUAAGACAGAUGUUGGAGGGAAUUAGCUACCUACAUCAAAAUGACAUCCUGCAUUUGGACGUCAAGCCUGACAACAUCCUCAUGGCCGACCCCACCAGCGACCAGAUCCGUAUCUGUGAUUUUGGGAAUGCAGUGAAGUUCACACUCGAUGAAGCACAGUACUGCAAAUAUGGCACUCCAGAAUUUGUUGCACCUGAAAUUGUUAACCAGACACCAGUCUCUAAGGCAACAGACAUCUGGCCUGUUGGUGUCCUGACCUAUCUAUGUCUUACUGGAGUGUCUCCAUUUGCGGGAGAAAAUGACCGAAGCUCCGUGCUUAACAUCAGAAAUUACAACGUAGCCUUUGAAGAGAGCAUGUUUGCUGACCUCUGCCAUGAAGCAAAGGGAUUUGUCAUCAAACUGUUAGUGGCUGACAGACUGAGACCAGAUGCCAGCGAGUGUCUUCGCCAUCCUUGGUUCAAGACUCUGAACAAAGGAAAGAGCAUCAGCACCGAGUCCCUCAAAAAAUUCUUGUUAAGAAGAAAAUGGCAACGAUCUCUUAUCAGCUAUAAAUCCAAAAUGGUGAUGAGAUCAAUUCCUGAGCUGCUGGAUGAUUCCUCCAGCCACAUCUCCAUUGCUGUCCCACGGCAUCUAAAAGAGGGCUCGCCACCACCCUCAUCUUCAUCAGAUUCUGAUGAGGACAUUGAUGAGCUGCCCUUCAUACCUAUGCCUCUCAAUAUGGAGUUCUCUGGCUCCAGAAUGUCACUGACUGAGAUUCUUGGGGAUGAUGAAAUGAUGGGCAAAACCAGCAGCAACCUUGAGAAGUCUGGAUCAAGCCCUGAAAAAGCAGAGCCCAUGGAGUGUGAGUCAUCAGAGGAGGUUGGUGAUAGUGCUGCAAGAGGUCGAGCCAGGAAGAGGACAACACAAGAUGAUGAAAGAGGUUCCUCUGAUGAGGAACCAGGGGAACUAGCCAAGCGAGCAGAGCAAACAAAGAGACCGCUUUGCAGAGGCUCAAGUAUGGAGUCUGACAAGCCUGAGGGAGCUCGUCGUAGAGGUGAGCUGCGUAGAGGGAGCUCAGCAGACAGUGCCCUGCAACUCCAUAUCAAGCCAGAGGAGGGUCCAGAGGAGAGUCCAACAGAUGGUAGAAGAGUCCUUAAAAAGUCUGUGUCUAUGGAGCUGCCUCGCAGAAGCCCAAGCCCAGGAGCUGCCAAGAUGAGUCAGGAAGAUUAUGCUCUGAAACUGGAGCUGAUGAGACAGAGACUCCUCAGAGGAGGCUCUGUGGACAACAAGAUGAGUGGUCUUCGAGGCCCCCUGUUAGAGACUUUAGGCAUGGGAGAUGAGAAGCGCUUUAUGCGUGGGGCUCGUUUAGGUAACCCUCCACUAGUUCGGGCAGCAUCCACCGAAUCACCAAGAGAUGACAUCCCAAAAACCAAAGUGCUCCGCAAGAGUGCAUCCUUCAGCCAGGGUGACACUGAGCCAAUGCCCCUGCAUCGGCGGAUUGGGGCUCCUCUAGAGAUUCCUCUUGCCCAGAUAGAGGAACGGCGACUGCAAGAAGCUGUAUCUAUGUCUGUUCUUGCAGAGCAAGUCAAGCAAGAUUCCCGUCCUGUCACGCCCAAACCACUCACUCCUGAACCAAAGAGACAUGAAACAAAGGUACAGGCAGAAGAGAAGGAGCCUUCACCUGUCAGAGACAGUCAGUAUGAGGAAGUUAAACAAGCAGACAUUGACGCUGUAGAAGAACAUGAUGAUGCUAGUGUCCUAAAGAAAGAUUUGUGCAUGUUACAGGAAACUGCCAAAGAACCUGAGAAUGUUCCCCGAAGUAGGUCAGUACCUUCUGUGGUGCCCAAAGUUGUGUUAGAGGAAAGAAUUGAAGAGGAGGAAGAGGAAGUAAAAGAACCUGUAAAAGAAAGGGAACCUUCUGUUGCUAAGAUGAAAGUCAGAGAAGUUGAGGAAGAUGAGAGGGCACCAGUUAAUGCUUCAGAGAUCACCAUAUCCACUAGUUCCGUAGUGAGCCCAGCUGCAGUGUCUGCCAAUACCCCUAAGAGUGUUGUCUCAACUUAUGUGACCCCUUCUCCCCCUGCCCGCACAGUACUUCCGGAUGGCAGGACAUCUGCCUAUGCAAGUGUCAUGCAGACCAUCCUAGUCCCAUCACUGCAAACACCAAGUGAGCCAGCAGCCAUUCCCACAUCCACAAAUGUCUCAGUGCCAGCUCCUCCAUCUGUGCCUGUCUAUGCAUCCAUGUCCAGACAUAUUUCAGAGCCGUCUCUCAUAUCUGCCCCAUCAUCAUCUAAGACUGAUACUCACCAAACCACUGAACAUCCUGCGGUUUUCUCUCGUGUUGCAUCAGUAGAACAACCAGCCAAGGAGCCAAGUCCACCUAAGACUCCCACUCUUUCCCCAAAGAGAGAGCCCUCUCCUGGUAGUCACAUCCAGGACCUUGCCUCUGAAGAAGUCUUUGAGGCUCGUUUUAAAAAGCGCGAGUCUUCUCUCACCCGUGGUCUGAAACGUCUUUCUUGGCAAAAGACAGAUGAAAAGCUCUCUACAGUUGCUCCUGAAGUGACAGAGGAGAUGUAUCGUCCAGGACCAAUUGGUGCUCCUCUGGAGUUUGUACCCAGGAGGCUGGAAGAGAAGUCUAAGUCUGUACAAGAUCUCCGUGAGGCAGAGAAAGACCCAGGUUUCAUGAGGAGGUUGUCCAUGCGCCUAAGGAGGACCCCGUCAAUGGAGAGGAAAGAGGAAAAGCUCAAAGAGGAUGAAUUAACUACCCCAAGGCGUCGUUUGUCUUGGGCUUUGGGACGAAGAGGGUCCCAGGACAAAAAGGAAGUGGAGAUGAUGAGGCUGGACGGCGGUCCAGAGACACCUCCAGAGCCAGAGACCAAGAAACCAACUGAGUCCCCUGUUCUAGCAAUGCGCAGAAAAAUUGGCAGCACAGUGAGCGGUUUAUCCAUGAGGAUCAGAAGCCAUUCAGAAGAAAGGAAAGAUGAAAAGGAGGGCAAGACAGAAACCAAGAGGACUCCUUUGCUGUCCAUACUACGCCGUUCCACCUCAGAGGGAGGCAGUCUAAAGAGAAUGGGCAUCCCACAGGGCAUCCCACAGAAUCAACUAGCCAGUCAGUCGGGCACUGGGGCCUCCUCUGAAUCUUUGGAUUCUAUGUCUAGCAUCCAGUCAGAAUCAGCUGCCAGAAGUGCAGAGACUGAGCGCAGGUCACGAUGGGACAGAUGGGGCCUGACCAGAGGCAGGAGGGACAAGACUGUCUCUCAGCCAGACAUACCCACUGCUAUUGCCAGAGAAAAUGGCUCCCUCCGCUCUCGCCAGUACUCCCGUAUGGCCUCUGACUUUCCUCCAGUGUUUCAUAUCAAGCUGAGGGACCAUGUUCUCCUUGAGGGAGAUCCAGUCACUCUCAGCUGCCUGCCUGCUGGCAGUCCUCACCCACACAUCGCAUGGAUGAAAGAUAAAAAGCCACUUGAGAUUGACCCGAGGAUGAACAUGAUCUCCUGCCCUGAUGGGAGACAACUGCUGAUGAUUAUGAAGACCACCAAGAAUGACGCAGGCCUUUAUGAAUGUGUGGCCACAAACCCACUGGCCUCUGUCACCAGCUCCUGUAAACUCUCCCUUGCCCGUCUUCCAAACCGACCUGGCACUCCAGAAGUUCCUCAAAAGUAUAAGAACACAGCAUUAGUGGUGUGGCGCCCAUCCGACACCAUGGCUCCAUGUACCUACUCCCUGGAGCGGAGGACAGAGGGUGAAAGUAACUGGCUGAUCGUCGCCACUGGUGUGGCUGAUUGUUACUACAAUGUCACAGACCUCCCGACUGGCGCUACUUACAGGUUCAGAGUGGCUUGUGUGAAUAAAGCUGGCCAAGGACCAUACAGCAAUCUCUCUGAGAAAGUUACCUUGGAUGCAGCAGUACCUCAAAAGGCCACUGGAACAGUCAUCGUCAAGACUCUUCCACCAGCAUCGAGUCCUACAGUGGUGACCUCCACAAUGACCGUGCCUCCUAUGAAGCCUACUGGGAGUAAACCUACACCCACUGCUUCAGCCCCAGCACAGGCCCCUACUGCCCCUCCUGCUCCUCCUGCCCAACCUGCCCCUCUUGCCCAGCCUACCCCUGCUCCUGUCUCUACUGCGACCGCAACCCCAGCAACAGCCCCCUCGUAUUCAUCCCCCACCCACCGUGACGUCCCUGAGUUCCAGACUCCCAUCUCGUCCAGCACCUCCACUCCAGCUAAAGCCAAAACCACUCUCAAUAUCACUGUAGCCAAACCCACCCCUGCCCCGGCUGCUGCUCCAGUACAGCCUGUUCCAGCCAAACUCUCUCCUCCUGCCAUUCUCCCCAAACCACAGAGUCCUGUGAAUGUAGUUUCACCCAUGGCCCAAACCCCCCCUGUCUCCCCUCCCCCACUAGUCUCCCCUCCUCCUUCCAUUGGCAAACCCAUCUCCUCCGUGCCCAUGUAUGUUCCCGCCACCACAACAGCACGUGUGACACCAGUUACCCAAAAUACGCCCUCUCCUGCCCUUUCUCCCCCUGUAGUGCUGGUUACAAGUCUGAGUCCUCUUGGGGAGGGUGCUGCUACACCCAACAGAAUGACUCCCAGUGGGAGGGCGACCCCAUCUGGGCGUGUGACUCCUACAGGGCGCAGGACUCCCUUGGGUAAGCCAGGAGACUCUACUCUACGGCAAGGAAUACCCCAAAAACCGUAUACCUUCAUGGACGAGAAGGCCAGAGGCCGUUUUGGUGUUAUCCGUGAAUGCAGAGAAAAUGCCACAGGCAACCUCUUCAUGGCCAAAAUCGUCCCUUAUGAGCCUGAGAGCAAGCAGAACGUUCUGCAGGAGUACGAGAUCCUCAAGUCCCUGCAUCACGACAAGAUCAUGGCCCUCCAUGAGGCCUAUGUCACUCCACGCUACCUCGUGCUCAUCUCUGAGUGUUGUGCAGGCAAAGAAAUCCUCUACAGCCUGAUUGACAGGUUCCGUUACUCUGAGGAUGACGUGGUGGCCUACAUUGUGCAGGUACUGCAGGGUCUGGAUUACCUGCACAACAGAAGAAUCCUGCAUUUGGACAUCAAGCCAGACAACAUCAUAGUCACCUACAUGAAUGUAGUCAAGAUCAUUGACUUUGGCAGUGCUCAGACCUUCAAUCCACUCUUCCUAAAACAGUUUAGCCCUCCUAUAGGAACACUGGAGUACAUGUCUCCCGAGAUGUUGAAAGGAGACGUGGUGGGUCCUCCAGCUGACAUCUGGAGCGUUGGUGUUUUGACCUUCAUCAUGCUCAGUGGAAGGUUGCCUUUCACGGAGAGCGACCCAGCAGAGACCGAGGCCAGAAUCCUGGCAGCCAAGUUUGACCUCAGCAAGCUCUACCAAAACGUGUCCCAAAGUGCCUCUCUGUUCCUUAAGAAGAUCCUGUGCAGCUACCCUUGGGCCCGUCCCUCUAUCAAGGACUGCUUCAACAACUCCUGGCUACAGGAUGCAUACCUGAUGCGGCUGCGGCGGCAGACCCUCACCUUCACCACCACACGCCUCAAGGAGUUCCUGAGCCAGCAGCAGCAGAUUAGAGCCCAGGUGGCCACCAAGCACAAAGUUCUCCUGCGCUCCUACCAGAGCUCCCCCCAAACUCCCACCUCACCCACCACACCGUCUACACCUUCUACACUUUCCAUACCCUCAACACCCUCCACCCCUGUCACCCAGUGAGCUCACCUUGGCUCUGCCAGAGCAGGAACGUGACCCAAGAGUAGCGCUCCAGGGGAAGGACAGAGAGGCCCAGCCUCAGGACCACCAACUGUCACUGUGCUGACACCUGGCUGGACUUAUAAGGGGGGCCAGUUACUGUGCAGUGAGCGAACACAUCAGGCACCUGUUCAGUCAAACUUGCCCUCAUUCUGUGAAGAGUCAAACACACCCUUAGUCAGACACAAGACAAGAAAAACCAGUCUCGUUCAGAACUUACCUAUUGCAUCAAACAGGUCCUAAUGCGCUAACUUCUAUCAGCUGUGGCCAGCAUGCUCAGCGCUGUCGAGUUCAUUGUCCUGCUAGAAGCCCUACUCCGUGCACAGUCUUGCUUCUCCCCUGCACUGUCUUGCCCUGCCCACACAUCCCUUUUCAUAUUCUUCUAUCUGUGACAGUUUGACUAAGAUGUUGCAAGCUGUUUUCUGCAUUGUGUGGAGUCAGUAAAUCUCCAAAAAGCUUAUAAUUUAAGAACAUGGAGGUGUACGACAUCAUUUGCCAAAUGUCAUGUUAAUGUAAACAUUUGUGGUAUUUCCCUAUAAUGACCCUGGGGCCUUGGAAAUUGUGGAGGAAUAAAAUGUGUAUAUCCUUUUUUCUGCUAGUUUUUAUGAUUGACUCUUUUAUUACAAGUAGUUGUUAUACAGUUAUCAUGAGUAUAUAUGGAGUAUUUAGCACUCAAGCUAUUCUUACUGUAGUGCCACUUGAUGUUUUACAACCUACUUUGAGUUUUGUCUUUUACUAACUUUUACCGUUCAUGGCAAAAAAGUUGGGUCAUACUUAGCAGCCUGUGACGUCAGAGAAA